AUGAAGGGUCUCCUCUGGUCCAAGAACAGAAAAUCUUCUACGCCAAGUGCUAGCUCAGGCUCAACUUCCACGCCUCAAAAAACCUCUGCUGCGUCCACAACGUCGUCUUCUUCGUCACCGUCGCCCUCCCAGACUACACGAAACUCGUCAAGUGGUAUCUCCCAAUACAUGCAUUCCCACCAUCAUGGUCAGGGACACAGCCACCAUAGAGGAGAAGAUAGCAUUAGGGAUAAGAGGAAAAGUUCCAUAUUUGCAUCCUCCAAACAGCACUUAUCUACCAGUGCCAGUCAGGCAAACCUGGGAAUGUAUCGCUCUGAGACAAACGAAACUACGUCAAAAAGCGUUGGUUCUACGCUAAGAGACGAUUCUGCAUCAGCCUAUUCUGAAGAGGUUACUAGCAAUUCUUCUAGUCACAAAUCCAAUCCUCCGGAUGAAACGCCUAGCAAUAAGAAGAGCUCUCACUCGAAAGACUCGUUAUUGACCUCGCACUCUUCAUCUUCAUCUUUAUCUCCUCCUCAAUCUCGACGCAGCACUGGAACCGCACUGGAAAGUUCCUCAAAUACUCCAAGUACCGACAAGAACCACAUUAACAACAACCAGAACAUAAGCGGUGGUAACGUGACCGAGCCAAAGCAAAAGAAUGCCAUUCAUUUAAAUCCUGAAAAUUAUGAUACAACAGUUUUCAAGACUGGUUGGGUAAACAGAUCUCAUGGUCAAACCGUCGCAACGAACUACAACAGCUCUAUAACGGCCUCCUCCUCCUCAUCCUCCUCCUCGUCUCAGAACCUGCGUAAUGAUGCGUAUUCAAGGACUAGGGAAAGCAGAUUCUAUACUGGUGAUGGUUCGAUUUUGAAAAACGAUGAUAAUAACAAUAAUGCAACCAAUGAUAUGGCUUUAUCGAGAAAUAGUAUGGCCUUAGAUCCGCAGAUGCUGGUGCCCGACUACCGUCUUUAUAGAGCCCAGUUGAAAGGUUGUGUUCUGAAUUUGUACAAGAGUGGUUUAAACAACAGUAUUAAAUUUUUCGAUCCGACUUUACCGAUUCCAAAUAAUGGUAUAGCAAACGAAAAUCAACAGCAAAAGAAACAACAGGCAAACGUCCAAGAACAAGGACAAGCACAAAUUCCAAAGCAACCAAUUGAUUCUGCAAGCGAGCCGAUCAAAUUAGAUUUGAAAUAUUUAUCUGAAGUUUAUCCACAUCCAGAUCUGAAUCUAGAUAAAGACGGAAAAAUUACAUCUGGCACAAUCGAAAGUUUAUGCCAUGCAGUGUUAUUUUACCCUAAUUCAAAACAUUCAGAUAUAUCCAAUGAAAAGUCAUCGUCAAAAACCCAUAGAACUAUUAUUAAUUUGUUGUUAAUGUUUCCAUUGAUAGAUCAUUUUAUUAAAUUUCUGAAAAUAUUUAACCAAUAUGGGCUUUCCUUUACCAAGAAUAAAUCUAAAUUGACAAAUAAUUCCACCCAAUUUUAUAAUAUAACUCCUGGUAUGGACGACUCCAUGACCCAAAGAUUAGCUUUAGUCGCAAAAACUAUCCUCGAUGUAUUUCCGGGAUUUCUGUUGGAUGAGCAGAUGCUCAAGGCUACAAUAUCUUUAUUAGACACCAUAUCCUUGCAUAACGAUGAAAUUUCUAAUACUCUGAAAAUCAAAAUCGCCAAUAAGCAUAACGAAUUAAUGAAACUAACCGCAUUUAGUCGAUCCUCAUCAUCAACAACAACAGUAGCAUCGGCACGUGAGUUAGAGAGUAUUUUAGAUCCAAGCCAUUUUCUCUCUUUAGACAUUAGGGCAUUGGCUGAUGAAGUUCAUCAAGUCAAUUUAAAAUUUGACAAAGUUUGGGCACCAAAAUUUGACUAUUCUCUGCUUUAUGAUUCCAAGUUCGUUAACCAAAAAAUAAUUUCAUUAAACCCACUAGUAUUUAAUAAUAACCAAAACGUUCAUUUCCUGGGGAGACUACUAAUAUCACAUUUAUUCCCAACAAAUGCCACAUCAAUUAAAAAAAUGACACCAAAACUAAAAGCUGAAUUAUUAAAUAAAUGGGUUCAAAUCGGUUGCAGAUUUGAACAUUUAGGUGAUAUGGUAUCAUGGCUAGCCGUUGCCACUAUUAUCUGCUCCGUCCCUGUUUUAAGAUCAUCUUCAUGGAAAUAUGUGCCCGAUCAGUCACUCAAAACUAUUUUCAAAGAUUGGGUUCCUACCAUCAUUCAAUUAGAAAGGCGACAAAGGUCAUCAAGGUCCACAAGCAGUGUCUUCAUUCUUGCUCCACCUAACUUAGAUGACGAUUUUACAAGGGCUAAUGUCAUUUCUUAUUUUGGCGACUUACUAAUCCACGCUGAUGAUUUACCUUCUGAUACGAAAUUCAAAUACUUGGAGAAGAAAAUUAAUAGAACCAAGAAUGCUUUCCAUAAGUGGCAACAAAGGUUACAAUCAAUAGACUCUAUGAGAAAUACAACCAGUUCAUCCAAUCAUAUCAAGGAAAAAGAUCCAUCCACCAGCCUUAUUUAUCAGCUAUGGAAAUUCCACUUAGCGCAAUCUCCGUUAAACAUAGAGGGAAUAAUGAAAUUGAGUGUUCAACUUGAACCUCCAAUAGUUGACCAAAAAGGAUACUCCACAAUCGGUGCCCAAAGAAGUGCUUUAGUGACUGGAAGUUAUUUACCCAUCUUGUUCAAUGAAUUACUGCCAAAUUAUUCACUGUUUCCUAAAAAUACAUUAGUGGGCGCUGCAGGUGAUGCAAAAUUACCUCCCCCCAGAUCUUCGGCCCGCCUCUCGAAAUCACUUUCAAUUAGCGAACCAAUUCCAAUUAUUUCCAACAGUCACACCUUAAGCUCGUUUAUGGAUGGCACUUCCAGUGCGACAAAUGACAAUAAUAAAGUUACUGGUAUUGGUAAAAUUGAUGGCCCUGUGAUUAAAGAAAUGUCAUCAAAACAGUCAAAUAAACAGAGAUUAUUGAAAUCCGUAAGAGAUGUAUUUAAUAUUGACAUGGACGUGUUUCACAUAUCGGAUGAUCUGGUUUUCAAGUCUGUUUACGAUAAUGAUGGUAAAUCCCGUCCUGCUAGUAUGGUUAUAGAAACACCGAAAAGAUUUUCACAGCACUCCUCUAUGAUCAUUAACAAUACCGCCACUUCAAACCAGACAGUUAGGGAUUCCAUGGAUACCACUGGAAGAUUGAGUAAAACCUUAGAAAAUAUGGAUUUUUUCAAUAAUAUUGGACAAGUAUCUGAUUCAUUAAAGGAAUCGAUAAUUCACGUGGUCUUAAAAUCAUCAUCACUAGAUAAGAUAUUUGACUUACUAGUAUUAACUGCCAAUAUUUUUUCAAAAUUAGUUGAUACUAAAGACCUUGAAAACUAUUAUUAUCAUCAAAAGCAAAGAAAUAGCUCUAAUAAAGGACUUCCUGAUGACAAUGUUGGGCUAUUGGACUAUGCAUUUGUUAAACUAACCAUGGAUAACGAUACUUUUACGGAAACGUUUUUCAAUACAUACAAAAGUUUCACCACUACAACAGCGGUAUUAGAAAACAUGGCCAAAAGAUACAUUGGUGCCAAAAGCUGUAGCGUAUCAAUCUCCAAGAUUCUGGAUCGUAAUGACGAUACAAAACUGAAAAUGACAGAGGAUGCUAACAUGGCAUCUUCAUCGUUAGGCCUUUAUAAUCAAAAUUUUCCUGUAUGGGACAUGAAGGUUCUCGACGAAAAAAAUGUAAACCCUGUUUAUAUGGCCAAAAUUCAAAUUGGCGCCGCUGAAGCUAUACUACACUUGGUGAAAAACCAUUACUCUGACUUUACAGACGAUUUAUCCAGCAACUCCACUCUAUUGGACAUCAUUAAAAUUAUGGAACAGGAGGUAUCUACGGAAUGGACCAGAAGAGUCGCCAACCUAAAGUUGCAGAACACUUUACCAGAAGAUCUUAUUAUUGAAACAGAGAAUUUAUUGGUUACACUAACAGAUUUAUUUUACAGUAUUAAGUCAGUGUACCAAAAGCAGCUUUACAGACCUAUUGGUGUCAAUAGAACUCAAAGGAGAAUAACCGAUAGUUUGGAUUCAUUUAACACUUUUUCUUUCACAGAUUUUAACAGCAUCCUUGAAGACUCUUCCUUCAAUGAUGACAUGAUUAUAUCUUUUCAAAAAUUAAACUCCAGUAACUAUGAAGACAUACUUGAAUGGAUAUAUCAGUUAGACAACUUCAUUUCCAAGAAGUUCAAUUUAGUAUCAAAAAAAGAUUGGGUGGUUAUUUUCCAGGAGUUAGAACUGCUUUCCAAAGAAUCGCUGGUUUCAUUUUUCAAUUAUCCAUUACAUUUCAAAUCAAGCAAAUUGAUAAGCUCAGGAUAUUUACAAUUAGAUGAACUUGAAAUUUCAAAUAUUUUCAGUUGGAUUUCUACGUUAACUUUUAAGGACAAUAAUGGAGAGAGCACUCUUUUAUUUAAAAGAUUACCUCAGUCUAUUCAAUUAUUGGUGAAGCUACACAUGAGUUUAACCACAUUUUUCCUGAUGGAAUCUUCAAAUGUUAAUAAGAGCAAUAAUGAAAGAUUGAUAACUUGUAAAGUCAUUUUACAAAUAUUGAAUUAUAUCCGGUGGAAGAACGGAACUUUAGAUUUAUUUGAUUCAGAGGAUGACGAAAGCCCUCACGCUAUAUGCCCGCAUAUUCCAUCUUUUAUUGAAACAGCUAUAGCGCAUGCUAUAACUUCACCCGAGUCAAGAAACUAUGAAUUUUCUUGGAUCAAAGCUUCUGAAAGUCUUUCUGAUACUACGGCCGGGAAUCAAAAUUUAAGAUCAAUCAAUAACAUUUUAGAAAAAAUAGACGAUGCACAUAUAAAGAGCUUCAUUGAGAUUGAUAAUGUAUUCAGCAAUAAGUCUAAGAAUUUAUGUCCUUGUCCAGGUUGGUUUAUUUCUAGAUUAUUAGAAAUAUCGCAGUUUGUUCCCAACAUGAGCAUUACAAAUUCUAAAUUAAUCAACUUUGAUAAAAGGAGAUUUGUUAACAAUAUAAUUUCGAAUAUCUUAGAUUUGAUCCCUAACGAAAGAGAAAUUUUGUUUAAUUCUGAGAUGAAUGACGAAAACUCCUCGAAAAGAAAUAAUUUUGGUCGUGUUUUGUUAAAUGACUUCGAAGAUUCAAAUAAAACGUACAGAAAGAAGACUAAAAUUGUAUCAGUAUCAGAAGCUAAAUCAAAGAGGUUUCAAGAGAGAGGACUAUUCAAUGAAAUCUUAGUCAGUGAAGUUGAAAAAAUUAAAAGAGAAGCCAGAAAAUUGGAGAUUUUAUUUGAUCAAGAAAGGGAUUCGAAAAACUCUGCCAUCUUACAACAAACUGUGCCCAAGAAAAAUAGAGGAUCCGUUAUUAUACCAGGAAAUCAAAGCCCAAGUGAUAACAACGACAACGGUAAUAAAAUUACUGGUCAAACAUCACCUCCCGUAGUUAGUGUUCUUGAGAGUGGUAAUUCAGCAAGGAAUAAAAGGGGCUCAAUGGCUUCAUUUUCGACGAAUAGAUCAUCAGUCGUAUCCAAUUCCAGUCAUAAUGGGGUCAGUAAAAAAAUUGGUGGAUUUUUCAGAAGACCAUUUUCAAUUGGUGGAUUCAACACCUCAAGUUCUAAUUAUUCAUUAAACAGCAUAUUAUCACAAGAGAUUUCAAGUAAUAAAUCUAUUUUACCUAGUAUAUUACCGGAGGUCGAUUCGAUGCAGUUGCAGGAUAUGAAACCCAGUUAUAGUUUGAAAACAUUUGAAAUAAAAUCGAUAAUGGAAAUAAUCAAUCACAGAAAUAUUCCGGCUUAUUAUUAUGCAUUUAAGGUCGUUAUGCAAAAUGGCCACGAAUAUUUAAUUCAAACGACUAAUUCCAAUGAUCUCAAUGAAUGGAUGAAGAUGAUCAAGGCCUCCAAGAGGUAUUCGUUCCAUUCCAAGAGAUAUAAGGGUAAGACACACAACAAGAUAUUUGGAGUUCCAUUAGAAGAUGUUUGUGAGAGAGAGAAUACAUUAAUUCCUACAAUUGUUGUGAAAUUACUGGAAGAAAUUGAACUACGUGGGUUGGACGAGGUAGGGCUAUAUAGGAUUCCCGGUUCCAUUGGUAGUAUCAAUGCAUUGAAGAACGCAUUUGACGAAGAAGGUGCCACCGAUAACUCCUUCACCUUAGAGGAUGACAGAUGGUUUGAAGUGAAUGCCAUCGCAGGAUGUUUCAAGAUGUAUUUGAGAGAGCUACCGGACUCCCUUUUCUCACAUGCAAUGGUAAACGAUUUUACUGAUUUAGCCAUAAAAUACAAAGCGCAUGAUAUGUCCUGUGAAGAAUACAAGGGAAUGAUGAAUGGACUACUGGGAAAGCUACCUAGGUGCUACUAUCAAACUUUGAGAAGAAUAGUGUUCCACUUGAAUAAAGUACAUCAGCAUGUUGUUAAUAAUAAGAUGGACGCAUCUAAUUUGGCUAUUGUGUUUUCCAUGAGUUUUAUCAAUCAAGAAGAUUUGGCGAGUAGCAUGGGGCCCAGGUUGGGGGCAGUUCAAACCAUUCUCCAGGAUUUCAUCAAGAAUCCAAAUGACUACUUUGGACAGUAA